AUGCCCAAUGGAAGGAGUAUCGUCUGUUGGGCUGACAUUAAUAUCAGCUUCGUCGAAUUGGACGGAUCUGGAGUGGACUUGGGUCAGUCAAAUAGUCCAGAAGGUAUUUGCUGGGAUCAAUUUGACGCUGCUGAAACAUGGACCAUCGACAGCCAUCGCGGUGUCAGCUUACUCCAAGUAGCAGACCACGAGUUCGGUCAUGCUCUUGGAAUCCAUCACAGCAGCGUCGAAUCGGCUGCCAUGUGGCCGUAUAUAACGGGGUACGACCCUAACUUCAAGCUAGAUAUCGACGACGUACGAGCCAUUCAGAGCUCUUUGGUAUCGUGUCGUUCGAGUCCAAUAAUUUCGGGUCCCCUUGGUCUCUGCAGGCAACUUUGCCUUAUAACGUGA